UGGUUACCAUUCCGAAUCCCAGCCAGUUCGUGUUUGUUGCCCGUGAAGGAUGCCUUCUGCCAACCCCAAACUAGAAAAACAGGCCUCUACGGAGACCGUGGAUCCGUUACGCCAAGCGAUCGUUGUAAUCGAGCACAAGAUUCGGAAUCUCGAGAAGCGUAAGGGGAGGCUUGAGUCUUAUAGAGACUUGCAAAAAAAUGGAAGAGAAUUAAAUUCAGACCAAAAAACAGCAGUGGCGAAAUAUGAUGAAGUGCUUCAAACACUGGAGAUUACGCGGGACUUGUACAAGCAAAUCGUUAAUAUUGCCAAUGAUGCAGUUAAACAGCAAAAAAAACUGGCACGGAAAGAGGCUGUUGAGCGUAUGCAACAAGACAUUGCAAAAGUAAAGGAAGUGCUACUUGCUCAGCAUAUCCUGAUAAGCAUAAACACUGAUUCUGUUAGAGACGACUUUUUUCAUGGAAAGAAUGGGGCUGUAAAACUGACGGAGGAAGAAUUCAAGUACCUAGACAAUUUAUAUAAUGAGAUAGUGAUAAAGCAUCAGCGCGAAGAAAGUGAUUUGACAUUUGUCCAACAAGCACAAAAAGUAGCAGAGCAUUAUGUUGCGAUUGUAGAUGGAAAGCAACGUGAAGUUAUUGGUACUACUUACAAUAAAUUGAAAGAGAUAAUUACGAAAAUUAAUCAGUGCGGUUAUUUCGAUCAAGUUCACGAAUGUUCGGAGGCAACACCAAUUGAAGAGAUCACUGAAACAGUGGCGGAGACUAAUGCACAAGCAGCUCAAGAACAGGUCAACGAGGAAUACAGCAACGGCAAUGACAGGCACAUUCCACCGGAAUCCAUGAUACCUAUUCCAAAUUUUCCAGUCCAAGUUACUACGCUUCCCGUUGUUUCUGGUACUGGUCAAGUUUCGGGACCCAUACCGGUUGUACCACAACCAAUACCACCUCAUCCAGCUGCGCCAGUUGACACCCCAUAUUAUACGAAUGCCACUACUUUUGUUCCUCAACCACAACAACAGCAAGCUCAGCAAUCUCAACAGCAACCUCCACCAGCGCCUCGUAUCAAUGAUGUCAUAGGCACGCCUAACUUUUUUUUCUUGCAGGAAUCUGAACUUGAUUCAGAUGUUACGUCGCAAACACCCAUUGUAUCACACAUUCCUCCUACAGUCAAUGCGCCUAUUCCUUCACAAACCUUCACGAAUCAGAACUUUGCAAAUGCACCUGUGGGCGUACCUCAACAGGUUAUAUAUCAACAUCCACCACCGCAGGAUAUGUCGCACAUUCCUGGCUUCGCGAAUCCCAAUCCACCACCGCCGAUUCCAAUGCCACCUUCUCAUCAGCAGCCAAAUCUGCAAUAUAGUCCGCAACAUCCAGCUAGUUAUCAGCCUCAACAAUCACAACAGCAACAAAAUACCGCACAAUUAUCACAGCAAGGUCAAAUGCAAAACUUCAAUGAGCAGACGCAUCAGCAAGAAGCUCAAGCAUCUACAGAGGAAAAGAUCGAGAAUGGUCAAAAUGAAAUCCCUGAUCCAUCACUGGAACAACAAAAUGAGUCAAUCGAUUGGUGUCAGAUGACCGAGACCAAUGAUUGGAAUCAAUCUGACCAACAGCAACAAUCUGUCCAAGAUUGCCAGCAAGCGUCACAACAAACAUCUCAACAGACUUGGGUGCCUGAUCAACGUGGCGGGUACAGAGGAAGAGGCGGCAGAAGAGGGACUGCUAAUAGCUAUAAUAGCAGAGGCAGGGGAAAUUAUCAACAAAAUGGACGUGCAGGACAAGGAACGUAUUAUCGCAAUGAUAGUAACUACCAAAAUGGAUAUCAGCAGCGUGCCUGGGGCAACAACGAAGGAAAUAAUGGAUACAAUUCUGGCUUCAAACGUGGCAGUGGCGGAGGAUCAAGAGGUACGCGCAAUGAUCGCGUUAGUCGCGGACAAUUCCGAGGACAAAGAGGAAGCAAUCGUGGAUAUGCACCACGUGGCAAGCCUCAUACGCAAUAAGAAAGAAAAACGGACAUUAUAGCUGGUGUAAAUGCACAGUAAAACACACUAUGAGAUGCUCUGCGAUUACGAUUCAACUGUCUAUUUAUGAAAAAGCUUAAGUCGAAAUAAUGCAUUUGCAAUAUGAGAUGAAACUUCAACGUAGAUACCGUGCAGUAUUGCAUGCUUAAGAAUAUUAUACACUAUAUAGUAACUUUGAU